AUGGCUAAAACGGUUUGCUUUGUAGGAGGAACCCUUCCAGCCCAUUCGGUGCCCAAGUCGCUCAAGUAUGUCAAUUCGUUAAUUUUGCAACUAGAGGAGCCCAGCUGUUUGGAGGCGCUGCUGCAGCGCGGCUUGGCUUUGCUGGAGCUGGGUCGCCCUUCGGCGGCGGACCACGUGCUGCGGGAGGGGCUUCAAGCGGACGGCAGCGCAGUCCUCGCACGCUCCGCUCCUGAAAGUCAGGAGGUCUUGGAUCAGUUGGAGACCUAUUUGAAAGAUGAAGCCUUACUGCAGCAGGUGCAGAAGCUCAGGGAGACUGGGAAUGAGCAUGUGCGACAAGGUCGUUAUGCUGACGCCUCGUGGUGUUACGAAGACUGCCUGCAGGUCCUAUGGGGUAAGGAUUUGAUCUUCCCCUCUGAAGUGAAGGAGCGCGCGCAGCGCGCAGUUACCGGGCUUUGGCGUCAGAUCCGCGCGGCGGAGACGGCGGUGCUCACCAACCUGUCUUUGUGCUGCCUCCAGGGUGAAGUGGACUGGGCACCCAGUCCCGAACGAGCCAUGCAGCUUUGUGAGAUUGCUCUCACCUACGAUCCAGACCAUGUGAAGGCCAUGCGGCGCAUGGCGCAUGCCUUCAUGGCGUUGCAACGCUACGAGGACGCUGAAGCUGUGCUCACCUCUGCGGCACGGAAGCGGCCGCAGGAUGCUUCACUGCGGCAGGAUCUCAAGCGCGCCCAGCAUCGAGCGGAUGAAGUGCGGCGGAAAGCGCGAGACUGGGAGCGGGAGGCCUUCCGCGACCUCUUCGAACGGCUGCCGGGCUUCGCGACGCCCGAGGCGUGCAACGGUGAGGACCAAGAGGAUCGGUGGCCGGAGACGCAGUUCCCUACGCCGCAGAAAUGCCUGGGAACGCAGGAGGUGCAAGACUACGUGACACACUUGUCGGAAAGUCUUCAGCAGGAAGGUGAGGCCGCGUAUAUGAUGGAGUUGCUGUAUACGAUCCGCCACGCGGUCGAGAUGCAGUGGGGCUCAGGCUCUGGCAAACAGCUACCGCGGAUUGUUCCUUUGGUGCAGGCUUUAACACGGAGCAUGGGUGUGGUGAAGACCCACGAGCCGGGCAAGGCCAUUGAAACAGAACCAGAACACACCUUCGACGCCAUCCCCAUGAAGCCGCUGGAAGGCACCAAAGUGAAAACAGCCAUUGAGGUGAUCAAAUAUGUUCCAGAACAUGGCUUAGAUGUGGGUAUCCUAGUGACACUCAUCAACGAGAAGAAGUUCAACCAACUUCCUGGCCCUCUCGCUUUGCAAGCUGACAUCCCUAUCCCCUUCGCAAUGCAAAUGGUCUUUCGCAAGCUCAGUGUCAAGGAAUACCAGGUUCUUCGACACUUCACCUUUGAUCAGAAGUUGGACGUCCGCCUUUUGAAGUCUGCUGUCUCUGGUGACUUGUACAUCUUGGACUACGGCAAGAACUUUCGUAAUGGACAAGCUGGGUGUCAACUUCUUCUUGAGAAAUUCGUCUCCAAGAAGAUCGUGAAGGCCAAGGAGAAAUCUGCUCUAGAACUUGGCUUUGACUACAUCAAAACCAACGGGCCAAGAAGCAACAUGGGAAAUCGUCAGACUGAGUGGGCCGAAAUUGAAACUCAUCGUGAAGGUAGCCCCAUCUUUGGCUGGACUGCAGGACUUGUCAAGGAGAGUCUUCGGGGCUAUGCAAAUUCCAACAUCUUUGUCGAGCCCACGCACAACUACUUUCCCACCAUGCACGACCUUAGCAACUUGUUUCUGGAAGAAGUCCUGUGCCCUCUUCUACCAGAUAUGAAAACCAAGACUUUGGUCAUGUUGGGCAAUGCUGGGGCUGGCAAAACACCAGCUGCUCAAGCCAUUGCCAUGGCCUUUUCCGAGUAUUGGAUUUUGCGAGCUGGUCAUGAACAUGAACUCCGUCCAAGCUUUCGUCUUUCCAAUAGCCUCGAGAACUUGCGGGGUGAGCCCGGACUACGGGAAAGGCCAGACAUUCUAGAUGACUCUGAUAUGAGCAACAUCCCGCUUCCCAAGGUCAAAGCCUUUUUGGAUAGCUCCUUGGCUGAAACCUUCACCGUGGAGAGGUGGACCGCCACAAAAUUUGUUCUCAAUCAACUUCGAGUCAUCUGCGACAAUCGCGUUCAUGCUGAAGCUGAAGAAGGUCUCAAGAUUGGCCAAACUGAGAUUCCUUUCCAUGUCUUCAUGGACUACAUCAAGACAGCUUUCCACGAAAAGGCGCAAAGGGAGGACAUUCAAGCUUGUCUCAAAAGGUCCCAUUUCAUCCUCAACAUGAACGAAGCCAUCUACGUCCGCCCAGCUGGCGCUGGGGAGUUGCCAGUCCGCAUUGUCCGCUACCCUGAGACUGACAACCGUGAAGUCAUCAAGGAUUUCAUUGCUCCUGAGGGAAAACCAAUCAUUGCUCAGAUGAUGGAAGGCAACCCUACUCCUCCGUCCAAUUGGCUGCAAAAACGGCAAUGGUGUCAUGAUCUCCUGACCUACAUGAUCGAAACCAACAACCUGGAGAUUCCACCUGCCCGUACCAUUCGUGGACGAUCUCUCUUUGGUGGAACCCCUUCCAUUCAAGAAAGCACACUCGCUGCAUCACCUGAACAUGCUUUCGAUCGUCCUGGUGUACCUUUUCUACAAGUGAAGCAAGAGCCAUCCUCUCCAGACCGUGCUCGCUUUCCUGCUUUGAAAAGAAUGCGCACCAGUGAGGUGAUUUCCUUGGACACGCCUUCCCCUGCCAAGCGCUGCUGUGCUUCAUCCAGGUUUGCUGAGGAUGAUGACGAUGGCUUUCCUCAACCUGGAGAUCUGAUGAUGCUUUCGAUGAAGGCAUGGAGCAUGAGUGAGUGA